UUUUUUUUUUUUUUUUUUUAAAUUUUGAACAAUUAAGAAACGGGGUUUUUCUCCUCUGCGAUUUUUUUACCCGCUGAAAUCAUUUCUCGUUUUCAUCUUUGAAUUUUCUUCUUCGGAAUUUCAUGGAUCUCUUUCCUUCUUCCUGUAAUGGAUUCUGGAUCUCCUCUUUCAAUUUCCUCUAAUUUUGCUGCAUUCUUCUUCUUACCUUCUUCUUACCUUCUUUUUUGAAAUCUGAGCUCCAACUUGGAUCUUGGGUUGGAAUUAAUUAUUUGGAUCCUCCUUCUACCGUGAAACUGGCGAAUCUCUGUGUGUUUGAUGAGUUUUUAUCACAAUGAAUGCCUAAGACAUGGUGAUGAAGAAGAGACUGGAUAACAGAUUCAGUAGCUUUUCGGACUGGACCGUCCCGAGAGGUCCGAGAUCUCUUAGGAAGAGGGUUCAUCGAAAGAACGAUUUCGAGGAUGGCCAGAUCUGCGCAAUUGAACUGCUGGCUUCUUUAGCAGGGAAGCUUCUGCAGGAUGGUGAGAGCACGGCAUGUAGUAAUACGUCUGAUGGAGAUCACUCGGUGAUCGGCACAAACGUCGUCAAGGAAGAACAGUCGAACGAGGAGAGAGCUUUCAAGGUGGAAUGCUGUGAUGGUGGUAGCAGUCAAAGCUGUGAUCUUGGUUUAGAAAACACUGAUCAGAAACAAAAUCUGAAGAAACUCCAAUAUGUAGAUAAUGAUACUGUUUUGGAUUGUACUUCAGUAGUCGUAAAUUCUAAUAGCUCAGGCGAGGCCUGUGGCGAUGUUACGCCUGUGAUUCGCAAGACGGAGUUCGAAGAUUAUCGCGCUAAACCGGAGGAAGGCUCCCCUGAGUUUGUAGAAUCAACUGAAACUGGUAUGAAGAUUGUAAAUGAAGAAGCACAUGAUGCCAAGGGAUUUGGAAUUGGGUUUCCAAAUAUGGCUGAUUCCCACAAUUCUAAGGAUCUGAACAAGUCCCAUAGGAAAUCACCAACUUCAGCCAAUUCAAGCUUCAAAACUAAAUUGCCCUUGUCGACCAAUGCCAUUCGUAGUUCGUUCUCCAGAUAUAGGAAUUACUUUAAGUUAGCAAGUAGAGAUGAAGAUGAAAAAUUUAGGUCCAAUAAAUCUACCAUCCACUCGAACUCGUUUAGACCUCCAUCACGAAUUGCAGGCCGACGAAUAAGGAAAUUACUGAAUUCCAAACACUGGAAAGCAGCUCCAAAGCUGAAGGACUGUGAGGUUCCUAGAUCUGAACCUAUAGACGAAGAAGCACGAAAUCCUUUUCGCAAGAGGAAGCUGUAUUUCAACGGUGAGAGAUGCCAGGGUGAUAGUCUUUACAAAAGGAGAAGAUUUGUCUACCGAAGCUCCAUAAUGAAUUCUGAUGGAGGAAUGAGCAGUGAAAGCGUAACCAACUCUCCCGAAAAGAGCGUCAACGUCGAUAAGUCUGGAUUAGCUGCAAUAUUGCACGGAGCAAGUGUGUCAACACCAUCAGGUCAACAAGCAUCCUUCCACUCCAAAGAUGCUCAUGUAAAAUUUAGCAUUAGAUCAUUCAAGGUGCCAGAGCUAUUCAUUGAUAUCCCAGAAAACGCAACUGUUGGGUCGCUGAAGAAGAUAGUACUUGAGGCAGUAACUGCUAUUCUCAAGGAUGGAUUACGCGUUGGGGUUCUCGUUCACGGGAAUAAGGUUAGAGAUGACAACAGAACCCUGUUGCAGACAGGGCUUUCUUGUAAAGAUAACUUGGAUACCGUUGGUUUCACUCUGGAGCCAAAUCUCGUGCAUAAUAUUACUCUGCCUUUGUGUUCUGAGGAUCCCCCUCAGAUAUUAGCAUGUGACAUGACUGAACUUCUACCCAGCUCACCUGUAAAUCCUUCGAGCUCGGGAAUACUAGAUGCCGCCUUACCUAAUACUAUAUUGACCAACCCUCAAAACCAAGAUGAAAAUAGACAUGAACUGAUUACUACCAGCAUUGACAAGUUACCUGACAAUUCUUUACAAGAUUGCAAAGCUUUGGUUCCUGUUCCAGACAUGACUAUGGAAGCAUUAGCUGUAGUUCCCUUGAAUCCAAAAUCCAAGCGUUCAGAAGCUGUACAGCGUCGAACGAGGAGACCCUUCUCCGUUUCAGAAGUAGAAGCGCUGGUUCAGGCCAUUGAGGAGCUAGGAACUGGAAGGUGGCGGGAUGUUAAAUUCCGAGCAUUUGAAAAUGCAGAUCACCGAACUUACGUAGAUUUGAAGGAUAAAUGGAAAACCUUGGUUCACACGGCAAAAAUAUCACCUCAGCAGAGAAGGGGCGAGCCUGUCCCACAAGAACUCCUGGAUCGAGUGCUGGCUGCACAUGCUUACUGGUCGCAACAUCAGGCAAAGCAACACAGCGGCAAGCUUCAUCAAGCUGGAGUUGUGAAGGCCAUUGAGGGCUCCAGCAGUUAGGCUUGCCGUCUAAAAGAAAUUUGCCAUAUAAUGUAAAAAGGAAUAGUAGCUACAUUUGACACUUUGCUGUAAUCAAUCAAGGAAGACAAAUUGUAAGCAUGAUUUUAAUUUCUUGUAUUUCACACUUUGAUUCAUUGUUUAGCUUUCCCAUUUGGGAAGAGUUGUCAUUUGUAAAUAUGAUUCUUGUAAUAAUAAAAUUCUAACAGAAUUCUUUCUGUGUU